AUGGCGCCCAGAGCCAUAUCCUUAAUGACAUACCGCAACUCUGCCAAGCAGCGGGCUCAUUUUGCCAUCUUCGUCCCCUUUGCUUCUAACGAAGACGUUGGAACGCUCAUCAACGUAGUCGGUGCUCCUAUGGUGGGAUACAAGCUUGAGUUUGAGCGACUAUAUUCGCCUCUCAAAAUCACGCAGGCUUACGAUAAGUACCCAAUUGGGCGAAUCGACUCCGAAUACAUCAUGGACACAGAUUCAGAAGGCAUAGAUUCUAUCCCGAGAGGCGCUGUGGAGAUCGCGGCUAGUCGAAUUUCACCACCGCGGAUCAGCCAAAACUUUAUGGCUCCUGUAAACGAUACGACGAAUAAACGGUGUCAAGAGUGGACGAUGGAGUAUAUUUGCUACCUGGUCGAGCUUGGGUACAUCGAUGUUAGUGCUAUUGAAAUCGUCCAGUCCAAGCGCGACCCUCCAAGUCAUGGUAUUGGCUUGCAGCCGGUUGGAAUUGGAAGUAUUAUUCGCACCUGA